AUGUUGUUACCGUCUACGAACAGUUCCUAUACUUCCAGCGUCUCCUCCGAGCCGCAUCUCUCCCCAUACCAACAUCCGCCGACAUCCACUUUUUCAUUGAACUCCCGCCGAACCCCAAUGACUGUGAAGUACCCUCGCUUCUACUCGUCCCCCAUGGACCAAGAAACCGACGCCACCCCGGUACAAAUCUACGGCCUGGAGCAGCGAGAACCCUCCAUCCACAGGGGAUCCCCCAAACUGCUCAGUCGAGUCUCGCACGUCCUAGACGACAUCCGCGAAGACCUCGUGAUAGACGCUCACCAAACCACGGAGAAGCUCAAGCGGUACUCAACCAUCAACCACGACGGACACGGUCUCAGUGCUCCCCCGACUCGCCCAGAGGGCCCGAUGACAUCCCACGGGCCCCCGCGGUCGCGGCCAAUGUCCAUCAUCUCCUUCGACAACUGGUCCUCGCCGACUGGGAGAAUGAGCCGGCUGUCCCGCCGGUUCUCGGUCUUCUCUUCUCGGAACAAGCUCAAUCGCUCCAAGGAAGCUAGCAUAUCUUCGCCAAAUCUGAUCGGUUCCUCGACUCAGUACGAAUAA